UGAAUGGAAAGCUAGACGCGGAGACGCUUAGACGCACCAGCAACAUGAGAAAGCUGCGCUUCUUCCUGUGUGCUGCUCUGGCCCUGCUCUACACGUCCCAGGGAAGCGACGGAGUUUCAUACUUUGGGGACAGUUACUGUCGGAUAGAUGCGGUGCAGGACCUGUUUAGUUUUCAUCUGUCGCUCCAGUUUAAGACAAGCAGACGCAGUGGGCUUCUCCUCCUAGCUGCUGGGAACACAGACUACCUGUCCCUGGAGUUGUCCAAUGGCAGGUUACAGGCGAGGAUGAAUAUUGGAUCCAGAGAGGUGGUGCUGUACUCCUCUAUGGGUGUGCAGCUGAAUAAUCUGCUGGAUCACCAUGUAUCUCUUGUACUAAAAGAAAACAAACUCAGUAUGACUGUGGACAACAUUUUCACAACCUUUGUGGGAGUAGAAGGAGAUGAGGAGGACCUCAGCAUUGACGUGGGUGUAUUCCUUGGUGGAGUGGGAGACCUGGAAGUUGAUUAUCUCAGUACUGCUGUGCCCUUCCUCAGAGGCUGCAUAAGCAAUGUAAAGUUUGAGUCCCAACAGUUUGAUAUUUUGUCUUCAGAAGCAACUGUCUGCCAUGAUACUAAGGAUAUCUGCAGUAGUGAAUUUGAGGCUGGAGAUGGGGAGGCCACCAGUUUUUUGAGUCCUGACUCCUUUAUGUCUUUCCCAACCUGGACCAGAGCCAACACUGGCUCUCGCAGCAUGGAAAUGCUGAUGAAAACUACCAUAGAAGAUUCUCUGCUUCUCUUCCACCCAGGUUAUCAAUCCGAUUUCCUUGCCCUGGGAAUGAUGAGUGGUUACUUAAAAGGUGUUGUAGACGUGGGUAUUGGUAUGGUGGUUCUGAACAACCUGAAUGUGAGGUUAGAUGAUGACCAGUGGCACAGGAUAAGAAUUCAUAUCGAACCCACCACUUUUGAAAUUACAGUGGAUAGUGAAUCUGCCUCAGUCCCUCUAAAUGGCUCAGAAAAACUGGAUCUUGUCGGAAAUCUAUACUUAGGAGGCAUUCAGGGAAAAAUGAAGGAUGUAUUCCAUGACAAUUACCUGAUUCGCAUGCAGGAGGAGAUCACUUCUGAGUCAUUCAUUGGUUGUUUAGGAGAAAUCAAGGUUAACCAGAAAGAAAGAAGCCUACAGGAUGCAUUAAUAACUAAAGAUGUUCAUGUUAAAUGUGAGGGAGAGGACUAUGAUUAUUCCACCUAUUAUGAUGUGGAGAUGACUACAACUACAUCCCCAGUACGGAUCAUACAUGACGAUAUGAGACCUGAUGAAAGACACUGUUUGCCAACUGAAGACAUGCCAGAUAUCUAUAAAAAUGUCUCCAAGCUCUUGGAUGUCAAUGCUCUGCUUGUUCCUGAGGGUGGAGAAGCUUUUAUUGAUAUAAUCAACCUCAACCCAGCACUCAAUCUAAAUGCUGCAGGGAUCCGACAGUCUCAGAUCAUCUUCACCCUCCAGAGUGAUCCUUGGUAUGGGCUUGUAGACAUGAACAUUAACACUAGACGCAGUAAGAAGUUCACCCUCCUAGAUGUGGUGAAUAAGAAGAUUAAGUAUCUUCAUGAUGGCAAUGAAAAAUACAGUGAUCAGAUCCAGCUAGAGGUGGUUGCACAUGGUUCCAAUCUUCCUGAAUGUUUGAAGAGUCCCCACCAGUAUGUUCUUCCAGUGGAAAUUCUUCCUGUCAAUGACAUUCCCCAGCUUAGCGGUGGAGAAAUUUCAGUCACAGCAUAUGGUCGCACUCGCUUAAACCCCAACCUGAUUAAAAUAGUUGAUUCAGACAAUCGGUGUGAUGAGCUUGUUGUUACCGUCACUUCUGACCCUAACCCCAAUGGUUACCUGGAGAAUGCACAGCAGCCUGGGAGGAGCCUGAAAGAGUUCUCCUGCAGACAGCUUAAAGAUGGGCUCAUUUACUACAUCCAUAGAGGAGGCUCUGUGACUGGACUCACCCUACAGGUUUCAGAUGGGGAUCUGAUCAGUCAGUCAACCACUUUUAAACUUGCAGUCACACAGCCACAAAUGACCCUGGUGACCAACACCGGCCUCCUCAUCACUCAGGGCACAAACUCAUCCAUUGGAAUUCAGAAUCUAGCUGUGUUUACCACUCCCAGAACUGGAGAUGUCCUAUUCAAUGUUACACAGCCACUAAGAUUUGGAGAACUGCAGAUUAUUGCAGAUGAUGGUGUUCCAUACAGAGUGUCACAGUUUCAUCAAGCCGAUCUUGAGCAGAAUAGACUGAGAUACAUUACCACAAUUUUAGAUGAUCUGGAGGACACACAGACUGAGUACCUUUAUUUUAAUCUUCACCUUGGACAGCUUACUGUUCAAGACAAUACAUUCAUAAUUAAGAUCAUGCCUGCUCAGGUCAGAAUGGCUAAGAUUGUUCCUCUCAAAAUUACAGAAGGACAACCAAGGGUCAUUAGGCAAGUGGAGCUGGAGGCUAUAGUGAAGGGAAUGAAUACUGACUCAGGAUCAGUCAAUUAUAUUAUCUGGACGCGUCCAACACUCGGUGCCUUGAUGUUGCAGGGUAGGGAUCUGUCAGAUGGAGACAGCUUCACUCAACAAGAUAUUAAUACUGGACAUGUGAGUUACAGAACCACAAUCCGAAGGGCUGUUGAUGCUGAGGAUUAUCUUCAAUUUAAAGUAUUUGCAGAGGAUCAGUACUCUAGAUUGUAUACCUAUCCAAUAAGUAUUAAAGCUGACUCCAACAUCCCUUCUCUGACCAAUGAGAUAUUGGUAGUGCUGGAAGGUAAUGAAAACAUCUUAAAUAAAGAAUACCUUUGGACACAGUCUCCCAGCUCCACGGACUUUGUGUACAAAAUUUUACAAGACCCAAAGCAUGGCCAUCUCAUUAGGGACUCCCCUCCUGGAGUGGCCAAGGUUGAAGGUGCAGUACGAGUUUUCAGUAAUGAGGAUCCUCUGAAUAGGCUUAUCUACAAACAUGAUGGAUCAGAGAGUAGCCAUGACCAGUUCACCUUCAAAGUACUUAUAGAGGACAGAGGCAGUAGUGCACAAACUGAAGGACAGGAGGUCCUCAGAGAUAUAUUUAACAUAGCAAUUCAAUCUAGAAAUGAUCACAUACCCCAGAGGGUUAUAAAUAAACCCUUUAACAUAGUGAGAAAUGACCAGCGCUUGCUGACCACAGAUGACAUUCUGUUUAGGGAUGAUGAUUCUGACUUUAAUGACACCCACCUGGUAUAUGCUCGAGUGGGAAUUCUUUCAGGCAAAAUUGUGUCAUCCACGGACCCUUCACAACCUCUGUACCGUUUCACUCAAGCAGACUUGAGAGAUAGGAAAGUUCUGUUUGUCCAUCAUGGUGCCGAUCGUGAACGCUUCCAGCUUCAAGUGUCUGAUGGUUUUCACAAGACAACAGCCUUGCUCCAGGUGCAGGCAGGAGAGCCAUACCUCCAUGUGAUUAACAACACCAUGGUUGUCAUUGACCAUGGCAGCACCAAGACUAUUGACACCAGUCUUCUGGGCACAGAAUCCAACAUGGACAUUAGAAACACUGCAGAAAUUACAUAUGAUAUAACCUCUCCUCCUAGUGAUGGCAGGAUUAUAGUCAGUGGUAUUGAGGCUACUCGCUUUACUCAGGAGGACCUGAAGAAAGGUGUGGUGUCCUAUGAGCAUAGUGUUCAGAGCCUCAGAUCCAAAGACUCAUUUACCUUCACUGUGCAUGCAAAAGACAUGUCUGUGGAAGGGACUUUCAGAAUUAAGAUCUUCAAGCAAGGAUACCUGUCUGAACCUAGAGUUACCUACAACCAGGUGAUCAUUGCAUAUGAAGGAGAGCAUUCUGUCAUCAACCAGGACCAUUUGAGGGUGGAGCAGUCAGACAUCUUGCCUGCUGAGAUGGUCUUUAAUAUAAAGGAAGCACCACGUCUUGGCCACCUGGUCAGACUGACUAACAACUCAGAGACCACUGAGGCACCCAUGUUGGAUUACAUCCACUCCUUCACUCAGGAGGACGUGAACAAGGGAGUGGUCCUGUACGUGUCAGCCUCACUGCAGGGCAGGGACCUGUUCACCUUGGACGUGAGUAACGGCUUCACCACGGUGGAGGACCUGCAGGUGCAGGUGGAUAUCGUUCCUCGGAUCAUCCCUGUCCAGGCGGUCAACAUCACGCUGAGGGAAGGCGGAGUCUUGGCACUCAGUGAGGAGGUGCUCAACAUCACGCACCCUUUCUACAGGUCCAUCAGUGUGGAGUUCAUCGUAGAGGAGGCACCUCAACAUGGAGACCUCAGAUAUCUGGAUAGGGAUGAAGCUGGGCUUGUCACCUUCACCUGGGAAGAUGUGCAACAUGGUGUGAUCUUCUACCUUCACGACAGCACGGAGACCACAGAGGACAGUUUCACAGUGUCCGCUUCAGCCUUCGAGAUCAACCGGCGCAGCUUCCCCAUGACCAUUGUCAUCACUGUGGUCCCCGUUAAUGACGAGCCACCAUGGCUACAGCAGAAUGCCGGCCUGGAGGUUCUUGUUGGUGAAGAAUCAGAAAUCACGAGCGCAACACUGAGCACAGAAGAUUUGGAUACCCCUCCAGAAGAAUUGGUUUAUACCAUAGAGGCACCGACCAAUGGAAUCGUUGCUCUUAAAGAUUCACCUGAUGACAGCAUUGACAGUUUCUCCCAAGCACAGAUCAACAGCGGCGAUGUUAUUUUCAUCCAUCAAGGAUCUGAAUCUGGUGGUUUCAGCUUUACAGUGACGGACGGGGACCACACCUCUCCUCUCCACCACUUUGUCAUCACUGCCAGACAGCUCAGCAUCUCUGUUGAAGCGCAUGGCGAGCUUUUGGUUUUCCCAGGCACCAGACAGGUGAUCAGUGGGGAUGUCCUGCGAGCAGUGACCAGUGAGGAUGGAGAUGAAAUCAGCUACUCUCUUAUGAGGCCUCCACGCCUUGGACGUCUCAUUAAACCCAACCACAGUGGACAGUUUGAAGAAAUUACAAAUUUCACACAAACUGAGCUGGAUGCUCAUGCUGUGUAUUAUGAGCACCAGAUGCCCUCGGAGCCCUUCUGGUUAGUGAAAGACACCGUCGAGCUCAAGCUCUCAGCUCCACCAGCAGCACAGCUUCUCCACACACUCCCUGUGAUCGUGUCAUACUACACUGCCAACCACAACGUGUCUUCACAGCUGUGGAAGAACAAAGGUAUGUCAGUGGUGCAGGGUCAGUCUAAAGUUAUCGACAGCUCUAUUCUGGAUGCAUCUAACCUGCUGGGGAGUUUGCCAAAGGAGAAGCAAGCAGGGCAGGACAUCGUUUUUGAGGUGCAGCAGUUCCCCAUGCAUGGCCGGCUCAUGCUGGGGGCCACUCAUCUUACCCGAGAUGCCCCCUACUUCCAGCAAGAGGACAUUAGAAGAGGGGAGCUGGAGUACUACCACGAUGACUCGGGGGCGCCCUCAGACAGCUUCUCUUUCCGCGUGCGCCUAAACCCCAGUGGGCGCUCACCUCAGGCCGCGCCAGGAGCCGUGGUGCUGGAGGAGAUAUUAUUGAUCUCCAUCAGACGACGAGACUCCAGCCCUCCAGAGCUGGUCAGCCUAGACCUGCUGCUUGAGGCCCUACAGGGCUCCACCACCGUGCUGUCAAAGCAGUACCUCAACACCAUCGACCAAGACAGCGGGCCAGAUGAGGUGACAUUUACCAUCUCGAAGAGCCCCACCAAUGGUUAUGUGAUUUAUAUGGACACUGGGAACAGGAUCCAGCAGUUCACGCAGGAGGAUGUGAACAUGGCCCGGGUAGCAUUCAUAAGUGAUGGCAGCUUGUCCGAUGGCUUCAUGGAGUUCACUGUCUCUGACGGGAAGCAUCGCACUGAGCCGCAUACAUUGCACAUUGGCAUCCUGGCAAAGAAGCUUGUGCUGAGCAAAGUGCAGGAGAUCCAUGUGAAGCAAGGAGAUGAUGAAACACCAAUCACAGAGGGCAUGUUGAAAGCUUCUACAGGAGGGCCCAUAGAGGAGGACGUGCUUUAUAAGAUCACAAAUGUCCCUAUGUAUGCAACAGUGAUGGUGGACAGGCAGCCAACCUCUGCCUUCACCCAAAAGCAGAUCAAGGAGGGCAGGGUGAGUGUCCGCUUUGUCAAGUCCACUUCCUCUAAUGACACCUUUGCUUUUGUGGCCCGAAGCAGAGCUGCUAAUGUUUCCUUUGCUCUCAACAUCACUGUAAAGCCUUUAGCAAAUGUUGCCAAGAAUCCACUGCUACCACAAGGUGCUACAGUCCUGGUUGACAGAAAGCUUUUAGAUGCCACCCCACUUGCCAACAAAACCAGAACAUCUCCAACCUUCAGCGUGACCCAGCAACCAAGAGGAGCGAGAUUCGUGAGGAGAGGAGGGGCGGCAGAAGGCCAGCUUGUCAAGUCCUUCACACAGAGAGACCUGGAUGAGGGACGGGUAGCUCUAGAGGUUCUGAAUACCACCCAGGGUCCAAGGGGCAAAGGGCAAGAUCAGGAUCAGAGCCAGGAUGAGGCUCGCUUCCUCCUCAGAGCACCUGGAGUUCUUCCUGCAGAGUGUAUUCUCUCGUUUAAGACAGCUCCCUAUGACCCUGCAGUGGUCUACAAUGCCACAAUCCUAAAAGUUCCCCCUGCUGAGUCUAGCAAUGAGAAGAGUAAGGCUGACCAGCCUGACUCCAUGGGGAGAGGAGACGGGGAAUGGCCAUAUGGAAUGGGCCCUACCACAGCCUCCACUGGCUCUCACAGGUCUCCUGUUUAUAGGCGAAACUCUCUAUGGGCUGUUCUUAUCCCCAUCUUAGUCAUCCUCGCUCUACUGCUCCUGGCUGGUCUACUGGUGUACUAUUUGGUGAGACGUAACAAGACAGGGAAGCACAAUGUCCAGACAGCAGCCGCCAAACCGAAGAAUGGAGAGGUAAGCCAGGAAACCUUCCGGAAAACGGAUCCAGCCAACAAUAUCCCCAUGUCAAACAUGGAAUCCAAAGAGGCAGAUCCUGAAUUACUGCAACACUGUCGGACAACAAACCCAGUCCUGAAAAAAAACCAGUACUGGGUAUGAGAGAGACAGAAAUUAGAACUCUCUUUUGUCAUAUUCUUUUGAUGAUGAGUGUAUAUUGGCAUUCGUACACACAGGACUUUGAGAAUGUGUAUGGGAGCUUCUUCACAUCAUUCCUAAUAGUGUUAUAAAGGUCUUUAGCCAUACUAGUGUUCUAGGAGAAUAUCAACAUUGUGGCAAAUAAUUGUGCUUUUCUUCCCUUCAUUGUGAUGCAGGCAGUGCAUGUAGACACAUCUCCCAUAAACUGGGUUUUCAGGGUUUUCUACAUUAGUAGAUCAUCUUUAUAGUGACAAUGAAGAAGAUCUUUAUAGUGAAGAUUGCAUCACCUCACAAAUGUAAGCUAUACUUAUGUUUGUUUUUUCUCACUUUUUCAAACACCUAACCCUCAGUGGAGCAACAAAUGGUAAUUAGUGGAAAAUGAGGUGCAGUUUUUUCUGGUAGCUCUGUUUUGUUUGGUCACACAAAUCUGAUAUCAAAACUGAUAUUUUUUAUCUGGUCAGCUACAAUUAAUAUGAUCUCGCAAUUAUAAAUUCAUAAGAACUUGCAUAAAAUACCUGUAUUAAACAUGCAGUUAGGGCUAGUGUCUACUUGUGCUUAUGUAUCUAUUCCAGUGACUUAACUCAUACAGAAUUAAAUCUCUCUUGCUCAUUGAAAUUUUUAUAUAUUUUUGAUGUGAUUACUCUCAGUAAAUCAUGAGGUUAUUUGCAAAAAUGCUGAAGUUGUCCUUCAGUCAAAGCACAGUUUGUCAGAAAUAUUUGUGUAGUGAUCUUCAAAUAGUUGGAGAAAUUAUGCAAUUCAUCUGAUCUAGACUUUAAAUAAUUUUCCUAACUUUUGAUUUAAUUUUUGGACAUGAACAUAGCCUUAUAUGUUUGAAAAAAAACUUUUUUUAAUCGUUAACAGAUUUUUGCCAUAAAAUAAUUUGUAGUUUUGUUUAUAUUAACUUAGAAAAUAAUAAUACAUUUUAGAGUUUUAUAUAAAUUAUGUGCUUUUGUCCUCAUCAUGCCCACAGUAUUUUUGUGAAAUAAAUUAAAUAGUUUUGUAAAGUCAUUUGAUUCUCAGCCAUAUUAACUAAAUUCAUAUUAGAUUGUGUCAUGAUUAAAAAGCAAAAAAUUUCAAUAUAUGUUUCGGGGGAGAUAUAUAUAUUCUUCAGAUAUGAUAUUGUUGUAAUAUUUAAUCUGCAGCACAUUGUACUAUAAUCCCCUCUGUGCUUCUGUCGUGUGGCUGACCCAUCUGAGAUUUUCUACAUAUAUCCACUGGACUGACUUAAGGCACUGAACAAUUUCGUGAAGUAUACAUUACUGAAGCCACAGACAGAAAGUGAGUCAGCACUGUCUGUGUUAACUACAUCCCUCUUGGCUGUCAGGAAGCUGAAGUUGAGGUCAUUAUUCUCAAUUACUGGUUUUAUUUCCACAAGUGAAAUGGAGCUCUUUGGAAAAUUAGUGUUCAAAUCCCACUUCUAGAGAAAAUGCAUUUAUAUCUUUAGACACAGGAAAAUAUGUGACAUUGGUAAUAAGAAUCCUGCGGCAGUGUAUUUCAAGAGGGUGUAAAAUGUAUAAAUGUGUGUUUUAUAAUUUUAACAUUACCAGUCAUGAUACAUUCCUGGUCCCUGAGGUCGUGUCUGAGUUCUGAUCCAACUUAGAUGGUUCUGUCAAGUGACUUUGCUUUUUUCUCAACUGUGCUUGGAGACUUCCACUUUCCUGAUGAUUUAUUUUGUAAAAUAUAUCACUUCCAUGUAUACAUUUUAGAGAGCAUCUCAGCCAGAAAUGUAGGCGUGGAGGUCUCUGUCUGCCCAGUGGACUUGCUUUACCCUGAACCACCUCAAUAACUUCAGUAGUAGUAAUCAGUAGUAAAUUGACCCAUGGAUUAUACAUUUAUACAUUCUCAAAUCAUUUUCAUUAGGUGGUAUAGAUUUUUCUGUCAUAUUUUUAUCAUAUUCAUCAUAAGAUAAUGUUGAAGAAUGUUAGGUAUGAAGACGAUAUUGAAUGGAAGUUUUCCAAAUAUAUAUAGAAAAAUAUUUAUCAUUUCAGGUUUUCUUUGAUAAAGGUUGUGAAAUUAAGGACAGUUUAUUCUGAGGAUAAUGUCCUAUUACUUCUAUGCAUUUGGUUCAUUGGGAGACAGUUAUGCUUUCCUCCUUUUUAACUGUAAGAUUUCACAUGUACAUACAUUGGUCCAGAAAUUGUUUUCAUUAUUAAAGCAGAAUCAAACUAUUAUAAUUUAAUUUCUUUUUAACAUGGCAUUUGGGGCUAGACCAAUAGGGACUAUUCCUUUUUUUGAGAGAAAUUAGUAGAAAUUAUUAGAUUUUUUUCUGUCCAAGUUCAUUGCAUUCUGUAAGGAAUUUUAAAGUUGCUAGUGUCUCCAAUAAGUGUUGAUGCACCUCACUUUAAAAACAAUAAUUUGCUGAUUGGAACAUUAGAUAUAAUUUAAUUACACACUAUAAAAUAACUCAGGAUUUAGGUUUAUAAAUUUUGUUCAUUCUUUAAAAAGUGGAACUGAACAAUCUCUAUACCCAAACAAAGAUACCAGAUUUUGUUUUCAUGUUUGUUUGUUUGUUUUGUGUCUGUUGUGAUAUUAUUUUUGUUUGUUUGUUUUGGUAUUGUUUUUGGAUAACAUUAACUCUUAAAGAACAUGUUUUUCCCAGGCUGGCUAAACUUGGACAAAUUUGUGUUCUGCACUUGCGUCUAGUGCACUCCAGCUUGAGUGUGGUAUGUAUUACUUAUUUACCAAUUAAGCAGAUUGAUCUAUUGAUCUAGUUUCAUUUUAGGCUUUAUGUACUUUUACAUUUGUUUUCCAAAAUGUUUUGAAAAAUGACAGACAUUUGCAUCCUUUGCAAAAAAAAUAAUUAAUUACAUCCAUUAAAAACUAAAAUAAAUAAAAAAGAUUUUAUGGAAAUUAUUGCCAUGACCUUUUGUAAACUUUUGAAUAACAUGAUAAUUCCUUA